ACGACAAAUGAAGGAUGUCAUUGACAAGAAUGUAAAUAAUUGUGAAUUAUAUUUUGAUUGGUGAAUUUUAAAAUUUAUCUAAUCAGAACUAAUAUAUUACACAAAAUAAUCAAUUAAAAUCGCCUUGAAAUUAUAGAAAAUUACUAAAUUAAGGUUUUAAAAUGUUAAAUCUCAGAUUAUUAUUAUUCAGUGUUGCUUUCUUGAGUCCCAUUCUUCAAAUAAAAGGAGAUGAUUUCAAAGAAGAAAUGUUCAUCAAACCAUUGCCACCAUCUCACCUUUAUGUUUAUUUUCAAUUCCUAACGUUAGCAAACGGAGAAGAAUCUUUUGAACAUUCCCACCUUGCACCUCGCUCUUUAGGAGAAAUUGUGUCCAGAUAUCAAGUGGAAGAAUUACAUCUGACAUUGACCGAAGGACAGUGGAAACACAAUACAUGGGGUUAUCCAGUAUUGGAUGCAGCUCCUGGUGCAGAAUUGUAUGCGUGGUUCGCCCCUGAUGUUGUAGAUGUUGAUACACAAUGGAAGAAGUUAAGCUCAACUUUGUCUGGACUAUUUUGUGCAUCAUUGAAUUUUAUUGAAAACAUGAACACUGUAUCUCCUAAAAUGGCUCUGUGGCCAACGGGGGCAUACAGUAAAUCACAUCAGAAUAUAACUUCACAGCUGAGAUAUGCUUCCCUGCCCCGUGAAAUUGUGUGCACUGAAAAUCUAACCCCUUGGAAAAAGCUACUGCCAUGUGAAUCUAGUCAUGGGUUUUCAUCCCUUCUCAAUUCUAGGAUGAUCCACAAUACAAACUACCAUUCGAUUGGUGUUCACAUCAGAAGAAUGUGUUCUGGUAGUAAUUGCUUGGAUACUAGUCUAGAAAUUAAACAGACUGUGGCACUUGUGUAUGAUUUUAAAAUUUUAAACACCAUGGAUUGGUCACUUAGAAAGUUGUUCGGGCAAGGUUUACCUGGGGCGUGCCCCCUUUCAUCUUCGAGCAGAAUUUAUGUGGAUAUAACUUCGAAUAGUUCAUACCCAUUUAAGCUACUUCCUGAGCCAAACAGUAUUAUGUUUUCACAUAGAGGCGGUAGUAAAACUGAACUGGCUGUGUACGAAAUAAAUCAUUCCAAUAUGAUGAACAUUGGUGCAAAAUAUGAAAUGAGGAAUAAAAUAUUUGUGAACAUUCCACCACCUUUAACUUUCAACCGAUAUGUUCUGGGGUAUGGUAAAGAAUUUGGUGGAAUAGUUACCGAGUUAUCAAAUAAUUACUGGGCGCCUAUAGAUGUUGUGCUAUUAGAGAAUGCACCUUGGUGGCUACCAAUUCAGCUCAGCACAUUAAGAAUCAAUGGUGAAGCAGAGAGUAAAUUAAUAAUGUCGCAAUAUUAUUCACCAGGAAGAAGUAGACAGAAACCUUACCAUUUAGAACUAUUACUCAAACUACCACCAAAAUCAACAACAACAGUAACUAUAGAUUUUGAAUUUGUCUUUCUCAAAUGGCAAGAGUAUCCUCCUGAUGCAAAUCAUGGAUUUUAUGUAGGAUCUGCAUUACUUUCUGCUAAUCUACCAACUGCAAAAAAUUAUACCAGCCUCCCAAUUACUGGCAGCACAUUUGACUCAAUUGUAAAUGCAUCAAAGCCAUGGUACCCAAUAGUUUUUCGAACAAAUGGCGGCAUGGUAUCCUUACCUACACCAGACUUCAGUAUGCCAUAUAAUGUUAUAUGUUUAGCCUGUACUGUGGUCGCUUUAGCAUUUGGCCCGCUCAACAAUAUUUGUACCAAAGAAGUAGUCCUAAAAAUUAUUGUUGUUCCUGUUUCUUUGAGACAGAAAAUCUUUAAUAUUUUUAAAAAAAAGAAAGACUAAUUAAAUUAUAUCUGUUAUUUUAUUAAAUGAUAAAAUAUU